GCCAAGAUGGAUGUGUUUAUGAAGGGUUUGUCUAAAGCGAAAGAGGGGAUGGCCGUGGCCGCAGAGAAGACCAAGGAGGGAGUUGCGGUUGCAGCUGAAAAGACUAAAGAAGGAGUUAUGUUUGUAGGUAACAAGGCCAAAGACAGCGUGGGCUCAGUGGCUGAGAAGACCACUGGAGCCUACGGCAACAUUGUUGCUGCCACUGGCCUGGGGAAAAAGGACGAAUUCCCUGCUGACAUGAACCCUGAGGAGUACGGGCAGGAGGCCAUGGAGGGCCAGGGAGAGGCAAUGUUGGAGCCAGAAGGGGAGACAUAUGGGUCCCAGCAGGGGAGCCAGGACUACGAGCCAGAAGCGUAAAAGCACCAGUCAAAGACACCGACCAACCAGCAGCACAAUAAUAUUUCUAAUAAUAAAAAGGACAAAUGCUGAAACUAUCACUAUUACAUCCCCGUUGCAAAAAAAUCUACAAAAAAGACAAGCAUUCCCACAAAAUGUUCUUCCUUCAAGACAAAUCUUUUAUUAUUAUAUAUUGUAAAUGUCAUGUUAUUAAUGUGAUGUGUUGGGUGUAGGUAAUUAUUGAGACGUAGGAUUCGUCCUCUCUGUCUCAUUUCCUUGACUCCCUCCCAAUGAAAUGAGACCAGCCAGGGCUUGUGACUUUGUUCUUGUGUGUAUCUGUAUUUAAAAAUGUGCAAUAGAUGUUCGUCAUCUUCCAAUGAGACAUUGGGAGUUGGAAAAAAUAAAUAUGUCCGGUUGCAAGCAGAUAUGAAAACAAUAAUAUCCACCUAAGUGUCGACAAUGCCUGUUUGUGGGUUCUUUCUUUUUCGUUUUGCAUUUCUUUGGAAAUUUCUUUGAACUUUUUUGAAGUAAGAGUUUUUUACAUUGUAUCUUUAUAUUUGCUCGUGAAAUCAUUCCAGUAAAUCUGUGAUCUCUGAAACUGACAGAGUGUACAUGUUUGUGUGUGUGUGUGUGUGCGUGUGUUUGUGUGUACUGAAGAUUUUAACAAGUUAAAGUCAAUAUAUUAUGUCUUGAAAUCAUAAUGGUUGUCAUAUCAAUAUGUGCUUUCAAUUGCAGGACUUGUCAAUACAAAGGUUUAUGUGUUAAGCCAGACAUACAUUCCUCUGUAAAUAAAGAU